GGAAGUAACGGAGGACAGGAAGAGAAGAAGAAGAAGCAUCAACAGCAGCUUCAGAGGCUCCUUCAGGCUCCUGGAUCAGCUCUCUGCUGCUGUUUAGCUUCUGGGACACCGAGUCCAGGAAGCCAUGGGACCACGGAGGAAGACGUCCAAGCUUCAGCCCAUAGGGGGCAGUAGUGUGGAGGAUCGGCCUGAGAGGAAGGACUACAUCAACGAGCUCUCCCAUGAGGUCCUCUGUCAUAUAUUCAGGUACCUGCUCUUCAUGUUCUUCUCCUGCUUAGGUUUCACAGACCGCAGCUUUUCCACCCUGUUGAAGAAGAUGCCUGACUUGGAGCAGCUGUAUGGCCUCCACCCUCGCUACCUGGAGAGGAGGCGGGUCAGAGGUUACGAGGCUUUCAGUAUUCCUGGAGUCCUAGAGGCACUGCAAGCGUGUCCCACCCUGCUGGGUGUGGAGACGUCUCACCUGGAGCUGGUGGAGGCCAUCUGGAAAUAUAUGCCUCAGGUUCACAUUCUGGGAAAGUUUCGCAACCGUAACGGAGCGUUUCCCAUCCCUGCAGAGAAUAAACUCACCAUCCCAGUAACGGCCAAGCUCCAGACGCUUCAUCUAGUGGGCGUGAACGUCCCAGAGAUCCCCUGUGUGUCGAUGCUGCGCCACCUCUACCUGAAGUGGGUCCGUCUGACCAAGCCUCAGCCGUUUAAGGACUUCCUGUGCGUCAACCUGAGGUCCUUUGUGAUGAGGAACUGUGCAGGGCCCACCAACUCGCUGAAAUACGUCCCGCUGGUCACCGGCUUGGCGUCAGCCCGGAACCUGGAGCAGCUGGAGCUGGUGAGGGUUCCCUUCCUGGGCGGCCUGAUCCAGCAUGUGGUGGAGGACAGCUGGAGAUCGGGAGGAUUCAGAAACCUUCACACUAUCGUUUUUGGAGCUUGCAAGAACGCCCUGGAAGUGGACCUUGGCUACCUCAUCAUCACCGCCGCCCGCAGGCUUCAUGAGCUGCGGAUCCAGCCUUCACUCACUAAAGACGGGGUCUUUUCAGCUCUCAAAAUGGCCGAGCUUGAGUUCCCUCAGUUUGAGACGCUCCACCUGGGAUACGUGGACGAUUUCCUCCUACAAUCAAUGGGAGUGAAUGGACGGUCCUCAGAAGGGUGUGAUUGUCUUUCAAUGGGAGUGAAUGGACGGUCCUCAGAAGGGUGUGAUUGUUUUUCAAUGGGAGUGGAUGGACGGUCCUCAGAAGGAUGUGUUUGUUUUUCCCAGGGCUGUGCCAGGGUGGGGCUGAGCGCAGGAACUGGCAUCGGUGUUUCCUCUGCACUGGUGUCUAACCAGAAUGCCAGCAAUGACAACAACCAGCACCAUCACCCUAAUGAGGCCAACGUGCCUCCUGCUGCUCCUCCUGCUCCUCCUCCUGCUCCUCCUGCUCCUCCUGUCAACAACAUCAAUAACAACCAAAGGCAGCAGGCUGAUGAGCCUCUGGAGAUAAAUGGCUUGCAGGAAGAAGAUGAAGCUGAAGCAGGGGAGGUGAUAUUUGAGGAGGAGAAAAUGGAGAUAGAGCCUCACAUAGACCUGAAGGAGGCGGAAGGAGGAAUGGGGAUCGAAAACAUCAGUCAAGCGGGAACAUCGCAGCCUCCCGAUCAGGAGCAGGCAGGUCCCAGCGGUCUGAACCAGGCGGGAAGAGCCGCUGCUGGCGCUCCUCAGCUUCCUCUGGCCGUCUCAGACUCUGACUCUGAGGAAGAGGAGGGGCUUGUUUCCAGGCUAAUGCCACCUGCCUGUCUGCAGCAGCCAGCUUCCUGUGGGAAAGGUAAAGGAAAGACACCUCUUCGACGUUCCAAAGGAGCUGCUGUCUGUGAUCAAGGAAAGGCUUUGGUGUCGCAGGGCACCUGUGAGAAGAGCUGUCAGGUAACCAGCGAACAGAUCAAGGCAGACGUAAAGGCUGCUACAGAGACCUGCAGGAGAUCCGCAGCUAAAGAAAAGGGCUGUGAGAUGGAGGGGGGCGCGGCGAGGCAAAGGGCUGACGGUGGGUCGGUCCAAAGCACCGGCAGCAGCGGAGCGGCAUCCAGCUGCAGGACCAGGCCCAUAACGGGAUCUGUGAGCAGGGUAGGAGCUGGAACGGCUCCUGGACACACGCAGGGAUUUGGGAGGAAUGCUGACAGGAACACCUGCAGCCCGACCGCUGACAGAUCUACUGGCUGUGGAAGGACUGGUGGAUCUACAUGUCAUAGAUCUGACCUGCAGGCAGGAGACGGUCCCACAGCGAGGAGAGGAUCCGGCAGCAGCAGAAACCCACCAUCAGGAUGCGCUUCCAGUGGGACGCCGCAGGAACGACAGCGAAGCAGAGAGCCCGCCAUGGCUGGACUGGAUUGUUCCCAGCAUAAUGAGGGCUGUCAGAACUUCAUUCCAAGGCGGCCUUUAACUAGAUCCUGCACCACCACGUCUGCAGAGUCCUGGGAACCAGAACCAGAUAUUUCCAAAGCCAAGCCUCAAGCCGCAGUUAGAAGGAAACGGAUGGCGGACAAAUCUACCAGCACCUCUGACCCGGUCACUGAGGAUGACCACGAACAGGUUUUGUCCCUGAAGAGUAAGAACCUGGUGGGCAUCACUCUGACCAACUGUGGGAUCACUGACCUGGUCCUCAAAGAUUGUCCCAAGAUGAUGUUCAUUCAUGCCACCAGGUGUCGUGUUCUGAAGCACCUGAAGAUAGAGCGCGCCCCCAUAGUGAACAGGUUUGACUUUGCUCAGUGUAAGAAGCUGGACAUGGAGCAGGUUCUGGACCAAAUCCUCCGAAUGCCUCCUGAGAGAAAUCGAAUCAUCUACAUGCGUCCCAUGCAUCAGAUUGACUCCGUCGCCCUGGAGCGCCAGCUUUUCCAGGGACCUUAUCCUUAUCACAUUGCUGUCGUUCAUGAAUUCAGCAACCCGCCAAAUAUACGCAACAAAGUUCGCAUUCGCAGCUGGAUGGACACCAUAGCCAACAUCUGCCAGGAGUUGAUCAAGUACGAGUUUUUCCCAGAAACCACCAGAAGGGAGGAUGAUGUGAAGAAGUAUCCCAAAUACCCCUGGGGGCGGGGCAUCUACACGCUAGAGGGAGUGGUGGAUGGCGCCCCCUACAGCAUGAUCACAGACUUCCCCUGGCUGAGGACUCUGAGGGCCGCCGACCCAAACGGCUACGCGCGCUGUGACUUUGAGGAUGACGAAAGCACAACCAUCUACGCUCCCAGGAGGAAGGGGCAGCUCUCCGCUGACAUCUGCAUGGAGACCAUCGGCGAGGAGAUCUCUGAGAGCAGGCAGAGCAGGAGAGGAGUGUUCCAGAGGGUGGUGGUGCUCUUCCUCCAUCACUGCGACAUGCCGGGAGAGCCUGUGGAGGACGACUACAUCUAGAGCCGUUUCCCCUGAUGGUCAACGGCUGGACAAACUGAUCUAACUAGCUCAGAUCUAGCUCGCUCAGAUCUAGCUCGCUCAGAUCUAACGAG